AUCAGAAGCAACUGUGUCUCAGGCUCAGAGCAACUGAGUGGAGGAGAAUCACUUCACAGCAUCUUCAAUGACCCCAGAAUUCUUUGCGCCUGAAAUAGCACUUUGCGCACUGGUGAAGGCGCUUGAAAGCGUACCCGCCGGUGCUGCUCCAUUCCCUCACACAGUCGGUACUGCUCAUCUUGCCGGUGAGGCGGAAGUACCGGGCUGGGCAAGAGAGACGUGUUUGCAUAGGCAGCGGUGCGGUGCAUGGCGGGAGCUGUAGUUGCGGACGCGCCCGUGUUUUCCAGCUCUGGGACUAAGAACUACACUUCCCAUCUUCCCGUUGGCACAGUGGAGCCCUCCUGGCAGGACUAGUGCUGCUGCUGCUGCUGACGUGUCGGCGGAGUCCCGAGCGGCAUGGGGACAUGAGAGCGGAGCCUGUGGGACAAGAUGUGGCUCAGACCGGAGGAGGUUCUGCUGAAGAACGCUCUCAAAUUAUGGGCGACCGAGCAAUCCAACCCUUACUUCGUGCUGCAGAGGCGGAGAGGCUACAGAGAAGAAGGAGGGGGACUGGCAGGUCUCCUUGUGGGAACUCUUGAUGCAGUUUUAGAUUCCACUGCUAAAGUAGCACCAUUUCGCAUCCUUCAUCAAACCCCAGACUCACAAGUGUAUUGGUCAGUAGCAUGUGGAGCCACCAAAGAGGAAAUUUUGAAACACUGGGAAUGGCUGGAGAACAAUGUUAUGAAAACUUUGCCAGUGUUUGAUUCAAGUGAUGAUAUAACUAGCUUUGUGCAAGGAAAAAUCAGAGGUCUUAUUGCUGAAGAAGAAAAGGGGUCUAUUAUAAAAGAAGAGGAUCCAGAAAAAUUCCGGGAAGCUCUUUUAAAGUUUGAGAAAUGUUUUGGUUUGCCAAAUCAGGAGAAGUUAGUGACUUAUUACUCAUGUAGUUAUUGGAGGGGAAGAGUACCAUGCCAAGGCUGGCUUUAUCUCAGCACCAACUUUCUCAGCUUUUACUCCUUCCUGCUUGGCUCUGAAAUUAAACUCAUCAUCUCAUGGGAUGAAAUAUCCCGACUGGAGAAAACUUCCACAGUCCUGCUUACUGAGAGCAUACAUGUUUGCUGCAAUGGGGAGGAUUUCUACUUCUCUAUGUUUCUGCACAUCAAUGAGACCUUUCUUCUGAUGGAGCAGCUGGCUGACUAUGCUGUACGGAGACUGUUUGAUAAGGAGACGUUUGAAAAUGACCCGAUACUAAACAAUCCCUUGCAGAUUACAAAGAGAGGUUUGGAGAGCAGAGCCCACAGUGAGCAUUUCAGAACGUACUUUCGCCUGCCUAAGGAAGAAACGUUGAAAGAAGUCCAUGAGUGCUUCCUUUGGAUCCCAUUUGCCCACCUCAACUCACUUGGGAAAAUGUGUAUUUCAGAAAAUUAUGUUUGCUUUGCCAGCCAUGAUGGGAGUCUCUACAGCACCAUAAUCCCAUUACGAGAGGUAGUAAGUAUUGACAAAUCAGAUGCUGCAACCAGGGCAAUAACUUUUAGUACGAAAGAAAGGAAAAUAUUGCGAUUUACUGAUACAAAAGACUUUGAUGCUCUGGUGGACAGACUGAAAGCAAGAUGUACAGUAACAAGCCCACAUCACACUGUUUAUACAGAGACUUCUUGCACUGAGGAUCAGGAAGAGCUCCAUGAAGAGCAUGCCAUGGCAGGGCAGAGUGGUGCCAGAAAGACAGUCAGCACAGAAGCUUUAAUGACAGUCUUUCAUCCCCAAGAUGCAGAAAACCUGGAUACCAAAAUGUUAAAAGAGAAAAUGAAGGAGCAGACCUGGAAAAUAUUGUUCACAGAGUGUGGCCGUGGCGUCAGCAUGUUUCGUACCAAAAAGACACGAAAUUUGGUUGUAAGGGGCAUUCCAGAGACUUUAAGAGGAGAAUUAUGGCUGCUAUUCUCAGGUGCUGUUAAUGACAUGGCUGCUAACCCUGGUUACUACACUGAAAUUGUGGAAAAGUCCUUAGGUACGUGCACUUUGGCUACUGAUGAGAUUGAAAGAGACCUGCGCAGAUCCUUGCCAGAGCAUCCAGCAUUUCAGAGUGACACUGGCAUCUCUGCAUUGAGGAGGGUACUGACAGCAUAUGCCUACAGAAAUCCCAAAAUUGGAUAUUGUCAGGCCAUGAAUAUUCUCACUUCGGUUUUACUGCUGUAUGCCAAAGAGGAGGAGGCAUUUUGGCUCCUUGUUGCAGUGUGCGAAAGAAUGCUUCCAGAUUACUUUAACCGGAGAAUCAUUGGUGCCCUGGUGGAUCAGGCAGUGUUUGAGGAGCUCAUCAAAGAGUAUUUGCCUCUGCUGACAAGUCACAUGACAGACAUCACAUUCUUCUCCUCUGUUUCCCUUUCAUGGUUUCUGACCCUCUUUAUCAGUGUCUUGCCAAUUGAAAGCGCUGUUAAUGUUGUGGAUUGCUUUUUCUAUGAUGGGAUCAAGGCCAUCUUGCAACUGGGCUUGGUUGUGCUGGACUUUAACAUGGAGAAGCUUCUGGCUUGCAAAGAUGAUGCUGAGGCUGUCACUAUUCUUAACAGGUUUUUUGAUAAUGUUGUGAAUAAGGACAGCCCAUUGCCAUCAUCUGUACAGCAAGCGCCCACUGGUGCAGAGGGGAAACCAACUGGUACCAAAGUGGACAUUACGGAUCUAAUCAGAGAAGCAAAUGAGAAAUUUGGUGCAAUCCGCUAUGAAGAUGUGGAAAGCAUGCGCAGCAGAAACCGGCUGUAUGUGAUACAAACCUUGGAGACAACAACUAGACAGAAUGUGGUUCGGGUUGUGUUGCAAGAUGUCAAAUUUAGCCCAGCUGAUCUGGAAGAACUUUAUUACUUGUUUAAGAGAGAACACUUUCUGUCGUGUUAUUGGACUGUAAACAGCAGCAUACUCAGUCACCAUGACCCCAGUCUACCCUAUCUAGAACAAUACCAUAUAAACUGCCAGCAGUUCCGCACUCUCUACCAUCUGCUUUGCCCCUGGGCAUAUUCUGCUAAUGCCGACUCUUUGGCUUUGUGGACCUUCCGCCUUUUGGAUGAAAAUAUGGAUGGAUUUAUCAAUUUUAAAGAGUUUGCAUUUGCAUUUGAUGUCAUGUAUAACAGAAGUUUUACAGAUAGACUCAAAUUGCUCUUUAAAAUCCACAUACCUCCAGCUUUUACUGAAGUGGGAUCCAUAAGCCCUUCAGAGGAAGCCAAGCUUUCCAAAGAAGACCUGAUGCAUUUCAGCAAUCUCCAUAUAACAUCCCCAAAAGAAAAUCUCAGUCCAGAAGUCCAAACAAAAAGCCCUGAAAAAGGCAGGGGAAAGAUAGAUAUUCAGGCAUAUCUGAAACAAUGGCAAGAUGAACUGGCACGGAAGGAAGAAAGUAUAAAGGACUUGCCAAGAAUAAACCAGACCCAGUUCAUACACUUUUCCAAGACACUUUACAAUUUAUUUCAUGGAGAUCCUGAAGAAGAACUGUUAUAUCGAGCCAUUGCUGCAGUGACCAACCUACUCCUUCGAAUGGAAGAGGUUGGGAGAAAACUACACAUUUCUUCUUCACCUUGCAAGAGCCUAGCACAAGAGCCAUGCACAGAUACCAGGGAAACCACUACUCAGGGGGAAGAUACUUCACAGGCAACCGAAAACACUGUUCUGCAGCCUUCCAAAGAGAACACUGAAUGGUCUUUUGCUUUUGAACAGUUUCUUGCAUCACUGCUAAAUGAGCCAACCCUAGUGAGGUUUUUUGAGAAAACUACAGACCUGAAGUCCAAGCUAGAAAAUACUAGAUCCUCACAAAUACGAGCUAGCAACAGGGUAUGAGAGUGGGAUUUUAUAACAUGAGUAACAGAUACCUAGUAUUCUAUGAAAUAAACAUUGGAUUAUAUUCUUUCAUCUUAAGGCACAAUCAACAAUGGGCAGCAACCCAUAGCAACCAAAUAAUGAUUAAAACAAUGAAAACAAACAUUUUAUUAGUUGCUGGCAAGGUGUGAAUUUGUGAACCUUGUACUAAACAGAGAAUGUUAAAAUUAACAAAUAUGUGCAAACAUUGCAUAGCUAUAAUUGCUUUCAUAACUUACUGCUGACAGUUGAUCACAUUUUUACCCUUAAAUGCUUUGUUAAAGAGGCAACAAAUACCACUGUUCAGCAUGACCAUGACCAGAUUAUAAUUAAUCAUUGCGGACCAUUCAUGCCUUGGAA